UACUCAUUGAGGUCACUGAUUAAAGUGCAUGCAUUUGCCUGUUUCUGUGGAGUAGGAGGGACAUGAGGGCUUUAUUUUCUAUUUAUUUGCCAAGUGCCCACUCUGGGCUACCAUUUGCAGUUCAAUAUUCUAAAAGGUUUUUUACGUUUGUUUGCUCAACAAUGCCACAUAAAAAAAAAACUAGCAUCAAUGGAAGUUUAAUAUUAGAUGAUUUCUAAGAUAUUUUGAAAUAGUACUAUAUUUGACGAGGUUAUAAUAGAGAUGGUUUAUAGUUUAUACAGUAGGUUUAUAAUCACAGUUGGUUUUGUCCUUCUAGAUGGCUCCCAUGUGUAGAUCUUAAUCUCUUUCCUAAAAUUGAUUGAUUGUAUCCAUUUGAAUUUUGCAGAUUUGUUUUGUUGUCAUGUUUUUAUUAUUUAUGUUUGUUCUUUUUCAUUUCCACACAUAUGCAACCCUGCUGUGGGCCGUCAGCCAUACAUUGAUGAUGUUCUGUGCUUGUCCUAGUGCAAGUAUUCAUGUAAAUAAUUGUUUAUGGUUUAUUGUCCCAUCACAAACGUGCAUGCAAAUUACAGUUUACCCAGUGGUCGCAGUGCCUUUUCUGGUUUCGUUCUUUAAAGCAAACACAUUUGAAUAAUGACAAAUCACAAUGUGCCUUUCACUCACAAACACUGGUCACAGUGGGUUACUGUUCCAUGCAAGGGGCUGUUUGUUACAUGCAUAUUAAUCAUACUUCAUUUCUCUUAAGAAUUUACAGAAACAGUUUUACUUUUAAACGUACAAUAUAUAGACACUGUAUGUAUACAUUAAAGAGACACUGUAUGUUGUUGUUCAUCGAUGCCUAAUAUACAGAAUAUAUAUGUGUAUGAAUCCUGAAAGAGUUAUGCAUCUAUCAUUUACAAUCCUCAUUCUGCUUUGUUGUUUUAGUUUUUAAGCAGUAUGUGUAUUUCUAUCUUUCUGAAGAAUGGUCUUGGAACUGAAACAUAAAAAAACUGUCAAAUUGCUUGCAAAAAAUACUUGGACUAUAAAGCUGAUUCUAAAAUGGCAGUAAAACACCCCCAAAAUGUAUAUGUGUUAAUAACAUACAAAAGCAGAACAAAUCUCCCUAGGGUAUUUUAUAAGUAAAUUGUGUGUGUGAUAGUGUAUGCAUGUGUGUGUGUGUGUAUGUUUGUGUGUGGUGGAGGCAGCGGGAGACAUAACAGACGUGUGUGUGACAUAGACAGGGUUUCAGAGAGGCCAGUCUUCCUGAAUCUAGAGGCCCUGGGGUUAGUGACCUAUUUCUGCCUGGGAAUAGCGUUUCAUCACAAAAAGACACCAGCCACUGCACCUGGAUGUUUUGUGUGUGUGGGUGUGGGUGUGUGUGGUGUGUGUGUGUGUGUGUGUGUGUGUGUGUGUGUGUGUGCGUGUAGUAUGUGUGAGUGUUUUUUGAAGAUGCACCCUGUGUCUCUAAGGUAUUACUGUACAGCUCUGUUUGGUGCUCGCUGAUGUGAGUGCACACUAGCUCCCUCCUCCUGUCUUUUUCCUCCAGUCUCCAUCUUUUCAGAGGAGCAUUUUCCCACCACACACAAACACACACGUUUCUAUCUCAAUCUCUCUCAGGUGCUGCCUGCUGCGAUGUCCAGUGCUGAGUGUUGCUGUAUCUGCGUUCACAGCAGGACAUGUGCACACGCACACACUCACACAAACCCACACACACACCCACACAGAUCCUGUUACACUAAAUGUGUUCACAGCAGGGUAAACCUGAUUCAAACAGCUAGCGAGAAAGUCUAAUGAUUGAUGAUAAGACUAGAAUAUCCGCAGCCACAGCAAAAUCACACAAACAGGUUAUAUGGGACCUCCAGGCACUGAGCUGCUUUCACAUGGCAGAGUAAGAGGGCUCUGGAUCAUUAGCACACGCAUGCACGCACACACGCACAGCUGUAUCACUCUAGAAACCCAUAUCCAAAUGCAUGCAUGCCAACAGAUUCUCAUGGUGUACACCAACUCACAUUUUUGUGCACUGUACUGCUGCUUUUUCCCCCCUCCCUUUUUCUCGUGUACUUUGAGACAACUUUGUGCUGAACUGCUGAGGAGGCAGGCAGGUAAGCAGGCACAUCAGCAGUGGGGCAGAGGUGCUUUUAGUCUGAUGAGCAGUAAAGCUGUCUCGAACACCAGAAUAGAUAUGAGGAGCUGUAUCACUUGCAUGUUUACCAAACCUAAAAUCCACUCUGCCCUGAUACGUUCUUCUUUGUGCUGAAGUAUAUUCGACAUCUUCCGUUCAUGCAUAUCAACCUUCAAAGCAUGUUAUGUGCAGUUAGUGGUUUCCAAAUCUCACCGAAUGUCACACAUCUUUGCAGUGUUAAGAGCUGUUAGGACUGUAUUUUUUGUUGUAUUAUAGCAUGAUGAAGGUGUUGCUCCUGUACCAACAGUGUGAUUGGAGUCUUUCCCACUGACGUAAGUCGGAGAGGAGUAUUCUCAUACAGAACAGUGAUGUAAUGGACUGUGAAGGUACUAGUCAGGCUCCUUCUUUUCGUUCCCUCCUCCCCUGUCUCCUUGUUUCACACUCCCUCCCCCUUCUGUUCCCAUCUGUAUGUUUUUUCUCUCUUUCUUUUUGGUCUUGGCAGGCUACUCCUUCUACUCCUCUGGGAUCACCGAAUUAAAACCCAACAGCUCCCUCCUUCGGUCACAAAAAGGAACUGCAUUUAGAGAAGUCAGCUGAUGCUUCUUUGCUCCCUACCGUGACUAAAUCUCUCCACCAUCUCUCCAUCUCCUUCUAGUCACCUGCUAACAUAACCCUCCCUGCCUGGGCCAAAUGUGCUGUCCAACUAUCUAGAGUCUACACACUCAGUGUAUCUCUUGCAGAGGUGUAUACACUCACACAAGACCAUUGAGUAAAAUUGAAGUAACAAAAAGAAGGAAGGAGGUAUUUUCCUGGAAGACACUGGGGAUUUUUUGGAGUAUUUCUUUUGUGAUCUCUAAAAUCAUGGAGUACUGCUUUUUGAAAGGAUUCCUUGUGGUUUUGUUGAUACGGCAAUGCACAACUGAAGAUCUCGCCACAUCGAUCCAAUCGUCCUCAGUGGUCACCCUGCAAGAUGACCAAGCCCUACUCCAGGAACCAGAGCUGCCCCCUGCAGAGGUUUUGCCUGUGGUGGCCCCCCCUAGCCUAAAAGAGGUGCAACAAGCUGUGCAGGAGGCCUCAGAGCAGGUGGAAACUCAUGGGGCAGAGGAAGUGCUGAAGGACCUGUUAGAGAGGGUGGUGGAAGCUGCACUGGGGCAGGUGGAAGGAGGAGGUGAAGCAAGAGCAGAGGAGACAGUGGUGCAGGAAGUGGUUGUGGAGGAUGAAAAUGAAGAGACUGAAACUGAAAUCAAGGCAGAGGUGUUGGAGCAGGCAGUGGAAACAGAGAUGGACGGUGGAGAUAUGGGUGCAGAGGAGGAAGAUACUAUAGGAGAGACGCAGGAUGUAGCAGGGGUGGAUGCACUUGAAGAUGAAGCCGUGGAGGGCAAAGCAAUUGUUGAAGGGGAGGGGGAAACUGCAGUUGGAUCUGAUGUGGAGACGAUAGAAGGUGGAGAAACUGGAAGAAGAGAGGCAGAAGGAGUGGAGGUUUUGAAUGAAUCUCUAGACACUGGGGUCAGUCAGGAGAUUGUUGAAGAAACUGUUGCGGCUUUGGAAGAGACAGGAGAAUAUUUAGCAGUUGAGGAAGCAGGGGUGGAGGACGGCGAGGAGCAGGUUGUGUUGGCGAAAGAAAAAGGGGCAGCUGCAACAGAAUCAGAGGAGGUAGAGGAAACUCCAGAUAUUGAGGAGGUGGCAGGAGGGGAAGAACCUGAGCAAGAAACUGUGGAAGAGUCUGACCCUAGCCUAGUGGCUGAUGUUGAGGAUGUAUGGGAACAAGAACAAUCUCAGGUAGAUGUUCUGGAAGGUGAGGAGAUAGCACCACCUUCUGAUGAUUAUGACAUAGAGACCACACAAACUGUAGUCGGAGAGCCAGUUGAAGAGGACGAGGAUCAGAAUAACAUAGUGAAGGACAACCAAGGACCGGAGGUAGAGGACGAACAAGUCCAUUUAGUGGUGGAGGAAGGUGCAGCUGAAGAGGUAGAAGCAGAAGGUACAGAAGCAGAAGGGGGGGAAAUACACGGAGAGAGUUUAAUCAUAGAGGAAUCAGUGGCAUUGGAAAAUGAGGGGGGUGACCAACAAGCAGGAGAAGAGGAGCAGAUUGCUUUGGAGACUUCACAUGGCAGUGAAAAAGAGGAACAAGAAGUGCUGGUGAUCUCUGCCUCAGAGCUGGAGGAAGGUGAUGAAGCCACAAUAGAGCAGAGCCCUGAACACCAGGCUCCCACCCCCAGCCUGUCUCUGGUUUGGGUGGAGACUGGAGAAAAUACCCUUCUUGAUGAGAAAACUAACAAUGGCAAUGAGAUCAUCACCCCUACUGAAGACCUUUUGCCACUUGACCCUGUUGAGGUCCAACCUACACUGGGUAAUUCUGUGAAGGAUGUCCCAGCUGAACCCGUUCAGACAGAAAUGGAGGAACCAGGGGAGGCCAAUGAGCUGGUGGAAGAUACAGCUGAAAACACAGAAACAAGUGAUCUGGGCCUGGAUGCGUGGAAGAUUGUGGCUAUUUCUGCCACAACCUUUUUGGUUUUGGAGACCGUCAUCAUGAUUGUCUAUAUCCUCAAAUGUCGUAAUAAAAAUAGUACCCCUGGCCUACAGCGGGCAUGUGAGGAAGGGUGUGUUGAACCGGAGGCAGCUACAGGAGGGGACUGCAGUGAUGACACACUUCCUGCAGGCAAUGGGGACGCUCAACAGAUAGCACCAUUUGACCCAUCUGAUGUGGUUUCAACCCUGGCCCAAAACAAAGAGCAGCAUGAAGAGGAGCAUGCGACAGCCAUGUCCGACCUCCCGCCCCGCUCCGCAGAGGAGUCGGCCAACACUGGAGCAGGACCAGACUCCUCACAAGACCUCAGGACUUCCGUUCUCUAGGGGAUCCAACAGUUUUGUCUGUUCCUACUGUAUCUAAAUAAAACCCAACAAGCCACUCUCCAUCCAUGCACCCAAUCCUACUCCCCCAGAAACCCAAUGAAUUACCCUGUAUUCUCGAACCUAACCCACACAGACAGCCUUGGAUUCUGACUGUAAUAACUACUGUAUAUGUAACACAUUUGUAUUUGGUGUUUAUGAUUGCUUGUCUGUCUGUAUGAGUGUAAAUUGAAAGAAAAAGAUACUGUCACAUAUUUGGCAUGUGUGAACAUGUAGAACUAGAAGUGUGCAUUAACAGGUGAGCACACUGUGAAUGUGUGAACAGGAAGAAAAUGUUUUAAAGUAAUAUGUGCAUGUAUGAGAGUGUGCGUAAAUGUGAUAAAAGUGAGUUAAGUUAGAUUUCUGUACGUUCUUUAGGAUAGAAUGAAAUUGUUAGGUAAAUGUUAUUCAUGCUGGCCACAUCAGUCACGCUUUAUGAAGCGUUUGCAAAUAACGUAAAAGGGGCAGUGGGUUUGAUACAUUCUCCCAUUUUAUUGGCAAUUCUGAAGAUGCUUUUGCAGAAGCAAAGACAUCUGCAAAGUCUCAUUGAAAUGUACACUGGGUAACCAUAAUAAAAAAAAGAUUUUUACAUUAUUGACAUGAAAUUUAAAAUAGAUUUUUAUUCUACAUAUUUUUGACCUAUUUGUCAUCAUUAGUGAUUUAGUAGUACCAAAUAAAAAUGAUAAUGUUGA